AUGGAUCCGGAUUCUGAAGUGAAGAAAAGGGAAAGAUUGACGAAGUGUAUUCUGAAGCUUAAGGAUAAUAAGCUGACUAGAGUUAGGAUUGAAUCAAGUGGCUCGAGGAAGCCAAGGAUGCUUCGGAAAAGUCUAAUUGGUCCUCCACAAUGGGCUGUGGAACUAGGGGAGUACGACGUAAUAUUUUUACCUGCCACAGCUAUAAAGUCACAGGUCCUAGCGGACUUCGUGGGUGAAUUAUCCCCUGCCUUACUCCCAGCUUUGGAGCAAGACGUACGCCUCCGAGGCAAAACUAAGAAAGAGGGAGAAUGGAUCCUGCACGUUGAUGGGUCAAGCAACGUUAGAGGAGCUGGAGUAGGAAUAAUGCUUACCUCGCCGACGGGGAACACGGCCUCAAGGGCCGUGAGAUGCAACUUCAAAUUGACCAACAACGAAAGCGAGUUUGAGGCCCUAAUCGCAGGUCUAACUCUCGCCCACCAAAUGGGGGCAGAAAACAUCCAGGUCUUUGGCGACUCCCAGCUGAUAAUCAAUCUGGUACAAGGAGAAUACCAAGCAAAAGACGACAGCAUGAUCCAAUAUCUGACAGUCGCCCAGCGACUGAUCAAGAAGUUCAAGAGCUGCAAGCUUACUUAA